AUGCGAACGGAUGGUGCUCUUAGCGAAACAGCUUCGACAUCUCUCCUCUUCCGCCUUGUUGAUGUCGCAGCUCGUACCCUGGAAGCGGCCAGUCCUUCCGAAGGCCAUCUGGCCCGCCGAUAUGUCCCUCUGCUUCGGGGAAUGGCGGGUAUAAUCUCCUCCAGCGAAACGCAGAUCCACAGUUCCAAUUGUGAUAAUAUGAGCAUGGCGACGGGCACCCUGGAUCCAUCCGAACAAUUGCAAAGCAAUUUGGGAGGAGACUUGUGGGAAAUGUGGCAACAAGCGGGGCUAGAACCAGUUAUCUGGCCGGGGCCCCUGGAUGGUGUUUACAACGCAUGA